UCCGCACCCGCGAUGGAUAACAGGGAGAGUGGAAACCCAAACGGAAACCAGCCCUCCACCUGGGACGAGUACGAUGGCGUCCAUAGAGGGUCUAUCGACUCUACCACCAGCAGUCGCGUGCAUUGGGGAGAAUUCGACCGCCAACCAAGUGGGCAGAGUAUCACCACAGCCGGAGGUUCGCCUUCUCGCAAUGGCCAGCUUAGACGGAGACGGUCCUCAAUGGCCAUGCGGAUCCAGGCCAUGGGAGAUGUCGGUGGAGUCAACAGCAUGAACAACUUUGCCCGCUCAUGGCAGCGCGCUGCCGGCUUCUUCGAAAUCACCCCCGUACGUCCCUCAUUCAGGGUCGAGUCCGAAGACGAACGAGAAGACUUCCCUCGCACCGGCCUAUCCACAUCCGACCACCGAUCGCUUCUGCGCCAGGCUUUUCAAGAAGGAGGGAGGCGCCCAUCAGACAAUGCUGUGGCCGACGAAGAAGGCGGCCCAACAGAGGAGUCGCACCUGUUGCCCUCUGGCGUGGAACAGAGAUUGGGUGAGCAAAAGUCGCAACGGACCGAAAGCAUUUUCGCGAUUGAACCUUCACUUUCAUCGCCUUUUGGGGGAAGCUAUGGCACAUCUUACGGCAGUCUCGCUUCGCGCGUCAAUGAAUCGUCUAUGCGCCACGCCGGCCGCUUGUUCGCCGAACAACAAAUGAAGGGUGUUACAGAGCCGGAACAAGAGAGGGAACCAUUGUUGGUCAAGCAGGUGGAAGAAGACGGUCAUAUCAUCAAUGUUGUAGUGGGCCAGUCGACACUGCCGCAGACAAUCUUCAACAGCGUUAACGUUUUAGUGGGCGUGGGUCUCCUCACUCUGCCGUUGGCGUUCAAAUACUCCGGCUGGGUCAUUGGCGUCGUUUUCUUGACUUUCGCCGCCAUCACCACUUGCUAUACGGCCAAGGUGCUAGCCAAAUGCCUCGAUGUGGAUAGUUCUCUCAUCACCUUUGCCGACCUCGCCUAUGUUUCUUUCGGUAGCAAGGCGAGAAUUGCUGUCAGCAUUCUAUUCUCCCUAGAAUUACUCGCAGCCUGUGUCGCAUUAGUCGUCCUGUUUGCCGACAGCAUGAAUGACUUGGUCCCAGGAUGGGGUGUGAUUGCAUGGAAGAUUGUGUGUGGCAUAAUAUUGAUUCCCCUCGUUUUCUUACCGCUGCGUUUACUAUCUUUUACAUCCAUUUUGGGCGUAUUGUCUUGUUUCGGAAUUACAAUCGCCAUAUUUGUCGACGGCCUCAUCAAGCCCGACUCACCCGGCUCUCUUCGCCAGCCAGCCACGCAAUAUCUUUUCCCUGAGAACUGGAUGACCAUUCCACUCUCCAUUGGCCUCCUCAUGUCCCCCUGGGGUGGUCAUAGUGUGUUUCCUAAUGUGUAUCGCGACAUGAGGCACCCAUACAAGUAUCGUAAGGCCGUCAACAUCACCUACAUCUUUACAUAUCUGAUCGACACCGGCAUGGGGUGCGUGGGCAUUCUCAUGUUUGGCGAUUAUGCUCGCGAAGAGAUUACAAGCAACAUCUUCACGACCGCUGGCUACCCCCCUGCCCUAUCUGUCUUCAUCGCUAUUUGCAUCGCCAUCAUUCCCUUGACCAAGAUUCCGCUCAACGCCCGUCCCAUCAUCAGCACGCUCGAAGUCCUACUUGGCCUCGACAGUCGCGCCCUCGCUGCUACGCCGUCGCUGACGGGCAUGUCUGGUCUCAACCGCGGUCUCUUCAAGUUCCUACUUCGUAUCUUCUCCAUUGUCUCCUUUGUCAUCAUUGCCAUUGUCUGUCCCUCGUUCGAUCGCAUCAUGACUUUGCUCGGCAGCGUCGCUUGCUUCUCCAUCUGCAUCAUUCUUCCUUUGGCAUUCCACCUGAAGCUUUUUUCAAAGGAGCUCGGCGCCGGCGAGAAGAUGAUGAAUUGGAUCUUGAUCAUCGUGAGCACUGUCAUGGCGAUCAUCAGUACAGCGUUCGCUUGCUUGCCCAAGGAAGUUAUAGGUGCCAAAUGAUGGGUAGGUAGAUGAAAAAUUUGUGUCAAGUAGCGGAUGGAUCGCUGCUGGAGCAACGGCGAACGUCAC